CUGUGGAGAGUCACCCUCAUCUGCUAGCAAUUCUACGACCUCCAAACCCAGCAUUCAUUGUGGAAGGAGAAAGGUUGAAAAAUCCAGCCCCCGUGAGGAGCUCACUAACAAGACUAGCUGGUUUCAAAGUGUCACUUCCACAACUUACUUGGGCUGUUCAGCGCCGUAGUCAUCUGGAGCCAAUCGCAAGACUAUCAAGAUGUCAAAUUCACAGAAUACUGGUGGCAAAAGUAUUGUGAAGUGCAUAGGAUGCUUGGACACACAAGAUCCAGAUAAACAUCUGCAAAGGGAGCUCCUGGCAGCUGACGUAGAGAUCAAAACAACGAUCCUUCUGACCAAAAAGUACGUGAAUGAUGUAAAAGAUUUUAGCUCGGUGAUUGUUGACAAUGCGCUGGAUCUUUUGGGUCGGAAAGUGACACUUCAGCUCGUCAGUGUGGAACUCGAUCCCAAGACAAACGGUCCAAAACUCAGUUCGACAUUCAGUAUACCACAAUGGGCCCUCACGGACGAUGUCAAACCUGACAACUCGUUCUUGGCCGUGGAUAACUAUCAAUAUAUCGUUUUGUUCAAGGUUCCGAACGACUUUGGGGAAGUCGGUGCGUUUUUCAUCAGAAAUAAUCACAGAAACGAGUUUUAUCUGUGCGGUGCUACUUUGGAAAUGCCUGACAAGAGCACUAUUGAGUUCCUCUGCAACUCUUGGGUGUACAACACAUCAUUUUACAAACAUGAUCGAGUCUUCUUCAGCAACAAGAUGUACCUUCCAGAUGCCACGCCUCCAGGGCUGAAAGAACUCAGAUCCCAGGAUCUGAAAGAUCUGCGAGGAGAUGGUACUGGAAUGAGAAAGGAAGGCGAACGCAUUUAUGACUACGACGUGUACAACGACCUGCAGCUUGAAUCUGAUCGUCGUCCCGUUCUCGGAGGAUCUGCUCAGUUGCCGUACCCCCGCCGAUGCAGAACUGGUCGACCAAAAGCGAAAUAUGAUCCGACCUCGGAAGCGAGUUUGAAAGACUCAGGAGUCUCGACCAUCUACUUACCGCGGGAUGAGAGGUUCAGCCGAGUGAAAAACUCGGGCUUUUUGGCGAGUGGUAUCAAGGCGAUUGCACAUUUCAUCGUGCCUGCCAUCAUCAGCUACUUCGACGACACACCGAACGAGUUCUCCUCGUUCGACGAGAUCAAGUCGUUGUACGACACGGGGAUCAACCUGCACGGCCGUCUGGAGUCGUCCAAGAUCAAGCCCAAGAGCAAGGCGCCCGCUGACAACCCUUUCAUCCUCCUGGACACGAUCUUCGACGCUGACGGCCAAGAUAAGAGCGUCAUCCAUUUUCCGCUCCCGGACAUCGUCGCUCUCGAUGACAAGGCCUGGAUGCUCGACGAGGAGUUCGGACGCGAAACCUUGGCCGGGUUGAAUCCCGUCACGAUCAGAUUACUUACCGAGUUCCCACCCACAAGUGCCCUGGACCCAGCUGUAUAUGGACCUGCCACUGCUUUGCAGAACGAGCACAUCCUGCCAUACUUGGAGAACAUGACCGUCCCAGAUGCAUUGAAGGCGAGGAGACUUUUCACGGUAGACCACCAUGACACGUUCAUGACCUACAUGGACAGGAUCAAUGCACUGAAGGACCACGGAAAAUCGUAUGCAGUGCGCACCAUUUUCUUCUACACCAGCAAAGGGCAGAUAAUCCCGGUUGCCAUUGAGCUGUCCUUGCCUCCACCACCAGGUGCGAAGUCUGCUAUCAGACGGGUUUUCACACCGCCUAUAGACACGGGAGCAGGAGUUCAGACCGACUACUUGUGGGAAUUGGCCAAGAUCCACGCCUCCUCUUCGGACUUCGGAGUUCAUGAGCUCAUCAGCCAUUGGCUACGAGCGCAUGCCGUCAUGGAGCCGAUUGUGAUUGCAACUAACCGCCAACUCAGCCAGGUGCACCCCAUCUUCAAUCUCCUCUACCCGGUCUGCAAAAACACGAUGAACAUCAACGCAGCUGCUCGUGCUUCUCUCAUCAAUGCGGGUGGCCUCGUCGAGCAAUUAUUCACGCCUGGGAUGUACUCGUUCGAGAUGAGCUCUGUGGUAUACGGUGCUGCUUGGAGGUUCGAUAGAGAAGCUCUUCCGGAGGAUCUCAUCGCCAGGGGAAUGGCAGUACCGGCAGACUCGUCACAACCAGGAGGGGUGGCGCUGGUCAUCGACGACUACCCAUUCGCGAAGGACGGUCUGGACCUGUGGGAGGCAAUUCAGACUUGGGUGUCCAAGUGCGUCGACAUAGCGUACCCAACAAACGACGCAGUGCAGCACGACGCGGAGCUGCAAAGCUGGUGGAGCGAGAUCGUGAACGUGGGCCACGGAGACAAGAAAGACGCGCCGUGGUGGCCGAAGGCCGACUCGAAGAGCAGCCUGGUGCUCAUUCUGACCACGAUAUCGUGGAUUGCAGGACCUCACCACGCAGCCAUCAACUUCGGCCAGUACGCAUUCGCCGGGUACACGCCCAAUAAGCCAUCGAUGAUGAGACGGCUCGUCCCGGAGAAGGAUUCCGCGGAGUACCAGGAGCUCCUGGCCGACCCGGACGCCUUCAUCCUCUCGGCCACAACAUCGGAAACCAGGGCCACCAUCGCCAUGGCGCUGUGGGAGAUUCUGUCCACUCACUCGAUCGACGAGGAGUACCAAGGCCAGCGCCUCACCAGCAACUGGACCUGCGACCCUCGCCUUCGCGCUGCGUUCUCGGACUUCUCCGCUGCCAUGAAGGAUCUGGAGGCGAAAAUCAACGCCAGAAACACCGACCCCACCUUGCUCAACAGGAGUGGAAAACCUCAAGUUCCAUACACUCUCCUCUUCCCCUCGUCCACGUCCGGCAUCACCGGCAAAGGCGUCCCUUACAGCGUUUCCAUUUAGCCUGCUCGAUCUCCAGCGCCGUUUGUAGUCCCCAUCCGGCAGAUUCGAAGCUGGAUCUGUAAUUACUGAGUCGUGUGCAGGCUCGUGUACGUACUAAUUCUGGUCAGUGGAGCUUCUGUUGUACAUGGUUUCGCGUAUAGCCGAGAGCAGGCUAAGGGCUCCGCCCGGAAAUUUCAUCUUCCUCCACAUUUUAAUUGCCACUUUUUUCAUUGUUCUUUGCGACGCUCAUUUGACAGUGGAAUCUGGGUCCCCUAGGUUCGGUUGUGCUUUGCUGCUCUGUCUUCAUUACUUCGUUCGCUGUGGGAACGCCUUCUGGGAGCGGGACUCCUCUCCUGACCCACGGAGGUUUGAAGAUACCAUUUUAACUCUUUCCAAUCCUAAAAAUCAGUACUCGAGCUUUUGACGGCUGGGAUGAGCACUUGUUACGUGUUUGAGUUGAACAUGCUAGAAACCUCAAGCAAAGGAAUAAAGGGUUCAACGAACUAUUUGAAUAUAUGCUAAUCACACUUACAUUAGAUUUGUAAUCAGGACAUUGUCCAUCAUACACGAUUUGUCAUCUCUG